AUGAAGGUGCACGCCCUGAUUGAUUUCACGUUUAUUUGCUCUGUCCUUGCUCUGCCACAGGCAGAGAAUAACGACAAACAUGUGGACACCACUAUCACUUCUGCUGGGAACAAUUCCUCCGAAAUCUUAGCCGUGUUCGACGACAACGGCAACGUCGUUCCAUUAAACACUAGUGAAACGAACCCGGAAACGUUGGAAGAAACUCAAGACAAACUGAAAAGUAGCAUUUUCUUCUAUUUACACACGAAAAAAACCGUGGACAAUCCCGAGCUGUUGUACUUGAAUAAUGUUGAUUCCGUGAAGAACAGCCAUUUUGAUCCGAAAAAGGAGACAAAAUUUGUCACUCACGGAUGGAUGAACUCUCGGAACAGUCCAUCUUGCACGCUGGUUGUUAGCGCUUUCGUGACACACGGCGAUUACAAUAUCAUCGUGACUGACUGGAGUGCGAUAUCGAUUAUGCCGUAUAUUUGGAGCAGCAAUAGAGUUGUUAUGGUUGCUCAGUACGUGUCUAAGAUGAUCGACUUCCUUGUGUCGCAAGGAAUGAAUACUUCUCAGGUGACUUCGGUUGGUCAUUCUCUUGGGGGCCACGUAGCCGGACUGGCAGCUUACUACGCGAAAACCAAAGUGAAUUACGUCGUCGCUCUGGAUCCAGCUGAGCCCAACUUCCUCUUAUCCGGUCCAGAUGGAAGAGUUUCCGCCGAAGAUGCGGCUUUCGUAGAGGUGAUACACACGAACGGCGGUCUUGAGGGUUUCCUCAAUGCUCUCGGUCAUGCUGACUUCUUUCCGAACGGUGGUUCUGCUCAAAAAGGGUGCAUAGUGGACAUCGGUGGCUCGUGUUCACACUUGCGUUCUGUCCAGUACUACGCGGAAUCCAUUAAUAGUAAAGUGGGCUUUGUAGCGAAAAGUUGUUCGAGUUAUCAGAAUUACACUUUGGGUUUAUGCGAUUCGAACCCUGACGGUCUUAUGGGGGGUGCUGAGCCAAACUUCAAACUCAAAGGCAAAUAUUACUUGAACACAAACGGACAGAGUCCUUUCGCUAAGGGUGCAAAGUAA